GUUCUUUUCUUCCGUGCGGCUAGAGGAGGUAGGGUGUGCUGCGUGUGGUGGAGCUCCCGGAUGGGGAAUCUGAUAACUGCUGAGGAAUGUGACAUCCUGUCCACUUUAACCAGGGAAAGCUGCAGAAAACAGUUUUAAGAGUCAAAACACAAGUGAUGGAUAAAUCAGGAAUGGAUUCUCUGAACUAUCUGGCAUCUGAUACGGCUGUGGAAGUUGGAAACCAAAGUGAUAGCUCCUCAUCUGGUAGCAGCUUAUUUAAAACCCAGUGUGUUACUUCACCUAAAAGAAGGAAAAAAAACCCCAUUAGAAAAUUUGUUCAUUCAUCUGAAAGAGUUACAGAUUCAUCAAGUGACUCAUCUAUAGAACCAAAACCGUUGACUUUAAAAGCUUUUUUGGAAAGAUUUAAGAAAAAGAAACGUAGAAAGAGGAAGUACAAGCCAAAAUUAAGAACAAAGGAAAGACCAGAAGGAAGAAGAAACACCAGAAGGUCACGAAUAGAUAAAAAACAAAUUAAAAACAAAGGACCCAGGCUCCCAUUUUUACAAUCUGAAAAUGAAAAAAAACCAUUACCUUGGAGAAAAAUUUUAGCCUUUGAGCAAGCUGUUGCAAGAGGAUUUUUUAACUACAUUGAAAAACUGAAGUAUGAACACCACCUUAAGGAAUCUUUGAAACAAAUGAAUGUUGGAGAAGAUUUGGAAAAAGAAGAUCUUGAUAGUCGUAGAUACAAAUAUUUGGAUGAUGAUGGAUCAAUUUCUCCUAUUGAAGAGUCUGUAACAGAUGAGGAGACAGAACAGCUUGAACAUGAAUGUGAUAUCAAGUUGGUAGAGGAUAGUUUUUUCAUAGUAAGUUCUGAUUUCCCAAAGAAGAUGAAUGUAUAUUUGGAACAAGAGAAUAAUAGAGAAACUACUUUGCCUAAAAAGCAAGCUUCUAAGGUCAAAAAUAUUGGACAGAAUACAGAGUGCCCUGAAAAAGAGAUGAACAUGUGAAAGUCAAAGAAGGUAACUACUACACAGAAAAAGUGACUUUUCAUAGGAAGAAAUGACUAAAGAAGAUUAAUGUGCAUAAAUGUGGCAGCCUGGUGAUGAAAUUCUAACCAUGACCUUCCCAAAGAGAAAAUAUAAGCAACCUAUGAAAAACUUUAAAAUGAAUGUGAAGAAUAAUAUAUCACAUACACACAAACCACUUUAAAUUUUAAAAUGCUAGAGAAAGCCAAUAUCUCAAUUCCUAAAUAAUAAAAUCCUGCUGUUGUUGUC